GGGGCCGGGCCUCGAGGGGCGCCAGACUGCGCGCCUUCGCUGGCUGACAGUCCUAUCCCGGAGCCAGGGGAGGCGCUGGGCUGUCCUGCCUGGGGGUGCUGGGGUUCCGCACCCUGGACAGCUUUCCCAAUGUUUGGAAUUGGGGGAAAGAAGGAAGUACUGUAUGUCCCACUUAACCCCUAGAACCUGGCAAGAUCCUGUCGAAGUCCGGCUUUAGAGUGUUGUGAAGGGAACUUUUCAUGGUGCAUGGAAGGAAAGCCAAUGCGCAGGUGUACCAACAUUCGACCAGGAGAGUCUGGAAUGGAUGUAACAAGCCGCUGCACCCUUGGAGACCCCAACAAACUGCCAGAAGGGGUUCCCCAACCUGCCCGCAUGCCCUAUAUCUCUGACAAGCACCCUCGACAAACCUUGGAAGUCAUUAACCUUCUGAGAAAGCACCGGGAGCUAUGUGAUGUAGUGCUAGUUGUGGGCGCUAAGAAGAUAUACGCCCAUCGAGUCAUUUUGUCAGCCUGUAGCCCCUACUUCCGAGCUAUGUUUACAGGAGAAUUGGCAGAAAGCCGUCAGACAGAAGUAGUGAUCCGAGACAUAGAUGAGAGGGCUAUGGAACUACUGAUUGACUUUGCAUAUACCUCCCAGAUAACUGUGGAGGAGGGCAAUGUUCAGACCCUUCUGCCAGCUGCUUGUCUCCUCCAGCUGGCAGAAAUACAGGAAGCCUGCUGUGAAUUCUUAAAGAGACAAUUAGAUCCUUCUAACUGCCUAGGCAUUCGGGCUUUUGCUGACACACAUUCAUGUCGCGAGUUGCUAAGGAUAGCAGACAAGUUCACUCAACAUAACUUCCAAGAGGUAAUGGAGAGUGAAGAGUUCAUGUUACUUCCAGCCAAUCAACUCAUUGAUAUAAUAUCUAGUGAUGAGCUAAACGUUCGCAGUGAAGAACAAGUGUUCAAUGCAGUGAUGGCUUGGGUCAAAUACAGUAUUCAAGAAAGACGUCCUCAGUUACCCCAGGUGCUGCAGCAUGUUCGUUUGCCUUUGCUUAGUCCCAAGUUCCUGGUGGGCACAGUAGGCUCUGAUCCCCUCAUCAAAAGUGAUGAAGAAUGCAGAGACUUGGUAGAUGAAGCUAAAAACUACCUCCUAUUGCCUCAAGAACGACCAUUAAUGCAAGGACCAAGAACAAGACCACGGAAACCUAUUCGAUGUGGAGAAGUACUCUUUGCAGUUGGUGGUUGGUGCAGUGGAGAUGCUAUUUCCAGUGUUGAACGAUAUGAUCCCCAGACCAAUGAAUGGCGAAUGGUAGCUUCAAUGAGCAAAAGGCGAUGUGGAGUUGGGGUCAGUGUUCUUGAUGACCUAUUAUAUGCAGUAGGAGGCCACGAUGGAUCCUCUUAUCUCAAUAGUGUUGAAAGAUAUGACCCCAAAACAAACCAGUGGAGCAGUGAUGUGGCCCCUACAAGCACCUGCAGGACAAGCGUUGGUGUGGCCGUACUUGGAGGCUUUCUCUAUGCUGUGGGUGGCCAGGAUGGUGUAUCUUGCCUCAACAUUGUUGAAAGGUAUGAUCCAAAGGAGAACAAGUGGACUCGGGUAGCUUCUAUGAGCACCAGAAGACUAGGCGUGGCUGUGGCUGUGUUAGGAGGGUUCUUAUAUGCCGUAGGUGGCUCUGAUGGGACAUCUCCACUCAACACAGUGGAGCGCUACAAUCCUCAGGAAAACAGAUGGCACACAAUAGCCCCUAUGGGGACCCGGAGGAAACACCUAGGCUGCGCAGUGUAUCAGGACAUGAUCUAUGCCGUAGGAGGUAGAGAUGACACUACCGAGCUGAGCAGUGCUGAGAGAUACAACCCUAGAACUAAUCAGUGGUCUCCGGUGGUGGCCAUGACAUCCCGCCGCAGUGGAGUUGGCCUGGCAGUGGUCAAUGGACAGCUCAUGGCAGUGGGAGGUUUUGAUGGCACAACAUACUUGAAGACCAUUGAAGUUUUUGAUCCUGAUGCCAAUACAUGGAGGUUGUAUGGCGGGAUGAAUUACCGUCGGUUAGGGGGUGGUGUAGGAGUUAUUAAAAUGACACAUUGUGAAUCCCAUAUAUGGUGAACAUGUAGAAGACAGUCUUGCGUAUGCUCCCUUGUAUUCUGGAAAGCUUAUGACUUUGGAGCUUUGUACAGCUUGAGAAGACAUUAGAACAAAUUUUAUUCUUUGCCGGUGCCUCAAUAUAUGGAGAUACAAAUCCAAUGAAAGUGCUUCACCUGCAAGAUGCCACCUUUGCACAAUAAUUUUCAACUCUGUGCAGAAGAAUAUUUAUUUUUGGUUUUAAUUUAUCAUGGGUUUUUGGUUUUUUUUUUAGGGGGGUGGUUU